UAAACUACUACGAAGAGCAAUUAGAAACAUACUGGAGAAUGAUAUAGGACUUAUUAAGUUACGAAUGCCGAUAGAGUUUACAGAUUAUAUUAGACGACUUCUUCCUCUGGCAUUGCAUGAACUACCAGCCAAACCAGAUCUUCGAAGUAUUGGAUGGGGACAAACUUCUGAUUCAAAUUCUUCACUGUCUGAAGAUCUCCAAGUUGUAAGAGUAGCUUCUGUAACAAACAAUGAAUCUAAGAUUGUAUAUGGAAAUCAGAUCACUGAUAAAAUGGGUUGUGUUGUUGGUAACUAUAAUGAAGGUGCUUGUCAUGGCGGUAUCGGAAGUCCCUUGUUGGAUGCUUACAGUAGAUAUACUGCGAUUCAUGUUGGAUUUGCCAGUUUUGUAAGUAGUAAUGGCUGCGAAUCAACUGAUCCGUCAGGAUAUACAAGGAUUUAUGGAUAUGUUAACUGGAUUACUGAAGUUACUAGAUAAAAGUGGUAUUCUUAUGUAUGUAAAAUAAAAGUUUGA